AUGCCUUCAUUUUUUCCCCUCGCUCAUUUCUCUUGUUCUUACUCUCUUAAAUUAUCUACACUUUUAACCUUGAUCUUUUCCUUCUUUUUUAUUUUAAAACUUCUCCACAUCUUUCUCCUUUUUCUUUUUCUCAGUCGGUUUUUCCUUCUACUACUCUUUCUCUUCUUUUUUUUAAUCCUGCUUCUCUUACUUUUUCUUUCGACAUUUUUGUUCAAUACUUUUUUCUUUCAUUUUUUUUUUUUGAUUUCCGCUUUUUCCACUUCUUUAUUUGACUCCUCUUUCUUUUUCUCAUUUGCCUCUUCUUUUUAUUUUUCUCAUUUGACACCUCUUUCAUUUUCUUACUUACCUCCUCUUUCUUUUUCUUAUUUACCUCCGCUUUCUUUUUCUUAUUUGCCUCCACUUUCUUUUUCUUAUUUACCUCCACUUUCUUUUUCUUAUUUACAUCCUCUUUCUUUUUCUUAUUUCCCUCCACUUUCUUUGUCUGAUUUGCCUCCUCUUUCUUUUCCUCAUUUACCUCCUCUUUCUUUUUUCUCAUUUGACUCCUCUUUCUUUUUCUUAUUUGCCUCCUCUUUCUUUUUCUCAUUUGCCUCCACUUUCUUUUUCUUAUUUGCCUCCACUUCCUUUUUCUUGUUUACCUCCACUUUCUUUUUCUUAUUUACAUCCACUUUCUUUUUCUUAUUUACCUCCACUUUCUUUUUCUUAUUUACAUCCACAUUCUUUUUUUUAUUUGCCUACUGUUUCUUUUUCUCAUUUGCCUCCACUUUCUUUUUCUUAUUUGCCUCCACAUCCUUUUUCUUAUUUACCUCCACUUUCUUUUUCUUAUUUGCCUCCACUUUCUUUUUCUUAUUUACCUCCUCUAUCUUUUUCUUAUUUGCCUCCACUUUCUUUUUCUUAUUUACCUCCUCUAUCUUUUUCUUAUUUACCUCCACUUUCUUUUUCUUAUUUGCCUUAUCUUUCUUUUUCUUAUUUGCCUCAAUUUCUUUAUCUUAUUUACCUCCUCUUUUUUUCUCAUUUACCUCCUCCUUUUUUCUUAUUUACCUCUUUCUUUUUCUUAUUUACCUCCUUUUCUUUUUCUUAUUUUGCCUCCACUUCCUUUUUUUCUUAUUUACCUCCUUUUCUUAUUUGCCUCCCUUUCUUUUUUUAUCUUCUUUCUUUUUUCUUAUUUACCUCCACUUUCUUUUUCACAUUUGCCUCCACUUUCUUUUUCUUAUUUUGCCUCCACUUUCUUUUCUUUUAUUUCCACCUUUUUUCUUAUUUACCUCCACUUUCUUUUCUUAUUUACCUCCACUUUUUCUUUUUCCUUUUUUUUUUAUUUACCUCCACUUUCUUUUCUUAUUACCUCCUUUUCUUUUUCUUUUCUCCUCUUUCUUUUUUUCCUUUCUUUUACCUCCUCUUUCUUUUUUUUUUACCUCCUCUUUCUUUUUCUUGUUUGCCUCCUUUUCUUUUUUCUUAUUUACCUCCUCUUUCUUUUUUUUAUUUACCUCCUCUUUUCUUUUUCCUCCAUUUCUUUUUCUUAUUUGCCUCCACUUUUUUUUUUUUGCCUCCUUUUCUUUUUCUUAUUUACCUCCUCUUUCUUUUCUUUUUUACCUCCACUUUCUUUUCUUAUUUACCUCCUUUCUUUUUUCUUAUUUACCUCCUUUUCUUUUUUACUUAUUUACCUCCUUUUUUUUUUUCUUAUUUGCCUCCUCUUUCUUUUUUCUUAUUUACCUCCUCUUUCUUUUUCUUAUUUGCCUCCACUUUCUUUUUCUUAUUUACCUCCUCUUUCUUUUUCUUAUUUACCUCCACUUUCUUUUUCUUAUUUACCUCCACUUUCUUUUUCUUAUUUACCUCCACUUUCUUUUUCUUAUUUACCUCCACUUUCUUUUUCUUAUUUGCCUCCUACUUUCUUUUUUUAUUUACCUCCUCUUUCUUUUUCUUAUUUACCUCCUCUUUCUUUUUCUUAUUUACAUCCUCUUUCUUUUUCUUAUUUACCUCCUCUUUCUUUUUCUUAUUUACCUCCUCUUUCUUUUUCUUAUUUACCUCCUCUUUCUUUUUCUUAUUUACCUCCUCUUUCUUUUUCUUAUUUGCCUCCUCUUUCUUUUUCUUAUUUGCCUCCUCUUUCUUUUUCUUAUUUGCCUCCUCUUUCUUUUUCUUAUUUACCUCCUCUUUCUUUUUCUUAUUUACCUCCUCUUUCUUUUUCUUAUUUGCCUCCUCUUUCUUUUUCUUUCUUUUCCUCCUCUUUCUUUUCUUAUUUGCCUCCUCUUUCUUUUUCUUUUUGCCUCUUUUUUUUUCUUUUACCUCCUCUUUCUUUUUCUUAUUUGCCUCUCUUUUCUUUUUCUUUUUACCUCCACUUUCUUUUUCUUAUUUACCUCUUUUCUUUUCUUUUAUUUUCUUCUUUUUCUUAUUUUUCUUUCUUUCUUAUUUACCUCCUCUUUCUUUUUUUCUUUUUACUUUCUUUUCUUAUUUGCCUCCUCUUUCUUUUUUUUUUCUAUUUAA